GCCAGUCCUAUGAAAUCCGGAUGCUGGACAACAGGAAGCUCGGGGAGCUGCCGGAGAUAAACGGGAAACUGGUGAAGAGCAUAUUCCGGGUGGUGUUCCAUGACCGGCGGAUGUGGUUGGUUCUUCCAUAUGUUCCCUGGGAAUUUCUUUCUUCUACUACAAACUGCAGCUUGGUCUCCGUAUGUGCCCCUGCAGAUAUCCCAAUGUCCGUGGGCAUCAUUGACCCUAGAGCAAACCCAACCCAGCUCAACACCGUGGAGUUCCUGUGGGAUCCUUCCAAGAGGACCUCUGUGUUUAUCCAGGUUCACUGCAUCAGCACAGAGUUCACCAUGCGGAAGCACGGAGGAGAGAAGGGGGUCCCCUUCCGCGUCCAGAUAGACACCUUCAAGGAGAACGAAAACGGGGAGUACACGGAGCACCUGCACUCCGCCAGCUGCCAGAUCAAAGUCUUCAAGCCCAAAGGAGCUGAUCGGAAGCAGAAAACAGACAGGGAAAAGAUGGAGAAGCGAACACCUCAUGAGAAAGAGAAAUACCAGCCUUCCUACGAGACGACGAUACUCACAGAGUGUUCUCCCUGGCCGGAGAUAACGUAUGUCAAUAACUCGCCGUCCCCCGGCUUCAACAGCUCCCACAGCAGCUUUUCCGUUGGCGAAGGCAAUGGCUCUCCAAACCAUCAGCCCGAGCCACCCCCUCCGAUCGCAGAUAACCUCUUGCCCACCAGCACGCCCCAGGAGGCCCAGCAGUGGCUGCACCGAAACCGCUUCUCCACGUUUUCUCGUCUUUUCAGGAAUUUCUCAGGUGCAGACUUACUGAAGCUGACCAGAGAAGACGUUAUCCAGAUCUGCGGCCCAGCGGAUGGCAUCAGGCUCUUCAACGCGUUAAAAGGCCG